AUGGCAGCUCAAAACAUUGCAGUUGGUAUUGAUUUAGGUACCACUUUUUCAUGUGUCGCUUACUUCGAUAACGAAGUUAAGAUUAUCCCUAACGAUCAGGGAAACAGAACCACACCAUCUUACGUUGCAUUCACUGACAACGAAAGACUUGUUGGAGAUGCAGCCAAGAACCAGGCAGCUCAAAACCCUGAAAACACAAUCUUCGAUGCUAAGAGAUUGAUCGGAAGACAAUUUAACGAUCAAGCAAUUCAAGAAGAUAUGAAGCACUGGCCAUUCAAAGUUGUAAACGAAAAUAACCAGGCCAAAAUCGUAGUAAAAUACAAGGGUGAGACUAAAAAAUUCAGUCCUGAAGAAAUCAGCGCUAUGGUUUUAGGUAAAAUGAAGGAACAGGCUACUGCUUUCAUCGGAAAGGAAGUAAACUCUGCAGUUAUCACUGUUCCAGCUUACUUCAACGACUCUCAAAGACAAGCCACCAAGGACGCUGGUGCCAUUGCUGGACUUAACGUUUUAAGAAUCAUCAACGAACCUACCGCCGCAGCUAUUGCUUACGGACUUGACAAAAAAGCUGAUGGUGAACGAAAUGUUCUCAUCUUCGAUCUUGGUGGUGGUACCUUUGAUGUUUCUUUAUUGACCAUCGAUGGCGGUAUCUUUGAAGUCAGAGCCACCAAUGGUGACACUCACCUUGGAGGAGAAGAUUUCGAUAACGUACUUGUUAACCACUUCGCUAACGAAUUCUUUAAAAAGCACCACAAAGAUCUUACUCAAUCUAAGAAAGCUUUGAGACGAUUGAGAACUGCUUGUGAACGUGCAAAGAGAACUCUUUCCUCGUCCUCUGUAGCUUCAAUCGAUGUUGAUUCUUUGUACGAAGGUAUCGACUUCAGCGCUUCAAUCACUAGAGCUAGAUUCGAACAACUCAACGCUCACUUAUUCCAAAGAUGCAUCCAACCUGUAGAAAAAGUUCUUCAAGACGGAAGAUGCGAUAAGGGACAAGAACCAUGCAAAUCCAUCAACCCAGAUGAAGCCGUUGCAUACGGUGCCGCUGUUCAAGCAGCCAUCCUCACUGACGCCAACAACGCCCAAGUUCAAGACAUUCUUCUUCUUGAUGUUACUCCAUUAUCCCUCGGUCUCGAAACUGCUGGAGGAGUUUUCACCAAGAUUAUCAACAGAAACACUACCAUCCCCACUAAGAGAAGUCAAACUUUCACUACUUACUCUGACAACCAGACUGCUGUCGCCAUCAGAGUAUUCGAAGGAGAAAGAGCCAUGACUGCUGACAACAAUCUUCUCGGUAAAUUCGAAUUAACCGGAAUUCCUCCUGCACCAAGAGGAACUCCUCAAGUCGAAGUAACUUUCGACCUCGACGCCAAUGGUAUCCUCAACGUUUACGCCGUCGACAAAGCUACUUCCAGACAAAACAAGAUUGUCAUCACCAACGAUAAAGGUAGACUUUCUAAGGAAGAAAUUGAAAGACUUAUUCACGAAAGUGAAAAAUUCAAGGCUGAAGAUGAAGCUAAGGCCAAGAAGGUUGAAGCUAGAAACAGUCUUGAAAACUACUGCUUCUCUCUUAAAAGCUCAAUCUCUGAUCCAAACAUGAAGAGCAAGAUUUCUGAAGACGAGGUUAACACUCUUGUUCAGAAAGUCACUGACACUCUUUCAUGGGUAGAAACUAACAAUGACGCUGAAACCCACCAAUACGAAGCCAAACAAAAGGAACUUGAGACUGUUGCUAUGCCAAUCAUGCAAAAGAUCUAUGCUGCUGGACCACAAGGCGGUAUGGGUGAAGGUAUGAACAUGCCACCAGGCGGUAUGGGCGGCAUGGGCGGCGCCUCAUCUGGUCCAACUGUGGAAGAAGUUGAUUAA